UCUUUUUUGCGCCAGUGGAGGAAGGACAUGGCAGCAAGCGAGAAGGCGGUAGCUGGCGAGCUGGGCGAGCCCGAGACAGUGGGAUAUAUAGAGCAGAAGGAGAAGUGGCCGACCGAGGGGCGGGUGGUCCUUGCGCAGUACACCGAGGACGCGGUGCUUGUCUACCAGGCGUACAACGACGCCAUUGCAAACUACGCCCUCGAGCACCAGCGGUUCGGCGGGCCGGCCUUCUCGCCGACGCGGAUGACGUGGAUCAAGACCAACUUUCUGUGGAUGAUGUUCCGCUCCGGUUGGGGGACCAAGAACAACCAGGAGCGGACGCUCGGGAUCUGGCUGCGGCGGUCGGCCUUUGACGAGAUGAUGGCGGCGGCCGUGGCGUCCAAGUAUGAUCCGCAGGCGUACAGCUCCGAGGCAGAGUACAAGGCCGCACGGGCGGCGCAGAAGGCCGGACUCUCCCGCGGCGACUCGGGCAUUGUCCGUCUCCAAUGGGAUCCGGAUCACUCGCCCAGUGGCGCCAAGCAUCCAAGCCGGCGGGCCAUCCAGCUCGGACUCAAGUCGUGGAAGCCGUUCCACAGCGGUGCGGCCAUCAUCCGCAUCGUCGAUCUCACCGACUUUGUCGCUGCCCGACGCGGCGUUGACCCCGAGCAGCUCGACACUCCAAGUGAGAGCGAGUACCCUGUUCCGCCUGCCGCAAAGCGGCCGCUUGGCCUGGAUCCGGUGGAUGAUGGCGAUGGGGGUGACGGCCAUCAAUAA